AUGAAUCAGACAUUUGGAGAGGGAUUUUGGGCAACUGUUGAAUUACUUGUGGGUGACAUUAAGGACAGUGGGACGGUGAGCGCUUUUAAUGAUGAGAUUGAGGAUUGGCUGGAUACGAUGGCUCAUAAAGUUAAGCAGCAGCGGGAACGUGCGAGAAGAAAACAGAAAUUUAAAUCGGAUUUUAGUGAAAGUGAUGACAGUAGUAGUUUUGACUAUGGGUCCUCGAUUGACUGCAGCUUCAGCGGCCCACAGGUCAGGUCUCGGCUGGAAUUGUUGAUGGGAAGUAAUGUGGUGCGAUUGACUGAUCGUAAGUAUAUGCUCAGACUGAUGGCUAAAUUACGACAGGAUUUUGAGAGCAAACAACUCAAUCGCAUUGAAGAGAGGAAGAAUAAUGAACUGAUGCGAACGAAAAUGAUGAUAUUGAAUCGUUUGAUAUCAGUGAAUGAAGCUCCUGCAGAAAUACGUCAGUAUCCAUUAUUCCAACUGUAUCUUUACUGUGAUGCGAUAGUAGAACAGAAACGUAAUAAGCAUUCGUCGAAAAAACGUAAAAUAGCGUCGUCUUUAUACCACAUUCUCUAUCCAGACGAAAAUUCCAAUAAAAAAUCGGAUGAAGAUGACAAAGAAAUUUAUAUGAAACGUGUUUACGUCGACGGUAUUCCUGAAUUGGUACCGCUGAGUGAAGAGGAAGUUUUGGAAGCUAAACAUGAAUUGGAAGCCGUACAGGACAUUGAAGACGGCUACACAUUGACGCAAAAGGAUUACGAUCGGCUUCAUUACGAAACUGAUGCAAUAAAAGAACUUCGUAAGACUCAGAAAGUAGAAGAAAUGUACGCGAAGGCUCAUGAUAUCCUUGGUAUUCUGUAUUCGUACGUGGACGUACGUACCGAAGUUAAUAAAGUGUCAAGCUCGUCAGCAACCAUAAACCAAUUAGACGACACCCGGAGUAAACAGAAACAUCAAAAUUAAAUUAACAGUGUCAUUAAUUAAUCAAAUUAAAUAAAAUUUACGUACUGGAGAAAUUUUGAAAAAAAUUUGGG